AUGUCUGCCACCACCACCGCCUCUGCCUCUGGCGUGUCCUCCUCGAGCACUUCUGGCUCUUACGAUGCCCUCGUCCUCGGUGCCGGCUGGUCCGGCAUUCUAACCGCCCUACGUCUCACUGAGAAUCACCAAAAAGUUCUCCUCCUCGAAGCUCGUGAACGAGUUGGUGGUAGAGCCUUCACCCAUACGUAUGAUAACAACUCAAAGGGAAGUGGUGAUAGGACGGUUAAAGGGAAGAAGAGCUGGGGAGUGGAGGCGCAGAGGGAUGGAGUGCAGGCGGUUGAUUUUGGAUGCUCCUGGAUUCAUGGAUAUUAUGAGGGAAACCCCGUAAAGGGCAUUUGUGAGAAGUUGAACAUUCCGGUAUCGAUCCCGACGCCGAAGAAGGCCACCAUCGUCGGUCCCUCUGGCGCUCUCCCCGAGGAUCUAGUACAAAAGAUCACCUCGAAUCUAAGCAACGCCAUGUCUUCCGCUCAAGCUCUAGCCCGCUCCUGGUCCUCUGGCAGUACACCCGCUUCCGCCUCCCUCGCCUCAUACCUCCUCGCCCACGACUCUCCCCUCUUCUCAGGUCUGACCGAUGAGCAACGACCCUUAGCCGAAGGCUAUGCUCGCCAGAUGCACAUCCCUCUCGGUACCACCCUCGAGCACGUUGCGCUUCGUUGGGCUGGCUUCGAGCAGAACUUCUCUGGGACAGACGCUGCCCCCGAGGGUGGCUUCACGAGGGUGAUCGAUGCCCUUGUAGAGCAAUUCGUCCAGCAAGGCGGAAAGCUCGCAUCAAGUGAGGAGGUCAAGAAGAUUCAGAGUCAAAAGGAGGAAGGAAUCAAGGUCGUCACUGCUUCGGGGACAUACGAGGCUCCCGUGGCUGUGUGCACCUUCCCGCUGGCUGUACUCAAGCAGCAAGAGGCGAACCUCUUUGAUCCGCCUUUGAGCGAGAAGAAGCGAGAGGUGAUCCAGCGCACGAAUGUGGGCGAUCUCAAUAAGGUCAUGCUGGUGUACGAGUCUGCCUGGUGGCCCAAGGACGUGGGAACCUUCACGAUCCUCCCAUCGAGCGGUUCCUCCUCCACUGCGCAGGGCAGUGCAGACCUCCCUGCUCUCCUGGCAAAGACGACCCUGAUGGUCGGAGCAGACACGGAGCACUCUCGCCUACUGGUCAUGAUCGGCGCCUCCGCCGGACGCGAUCUGGAAUCCUUCACUCGUCCACAGGUAGCCGACGCCCUUCAUGCCUAUCUCGCUGAGAGAAUUCCGGUAGCAGGGAAAGGCGAGACGGGGGUGCAGAGCCCUUCGCAUAACUUCAUGACACGUUGGAGCAAGCAUGCUCUUACGGGUGGAGCGACGACGACGCCCGUUGUGGUUGGGGAGGAGAAUAGCCCUUUGGAUUUUGUCGAGCUCAGCAAACCCGAAUACUCCUCCCAUCUCCUCUUUGCCGGUGAGCACACCGACUUGCACCAUCGUGGAUCCGUCGCUGGAGCCGUUGUGAGCGCAGAGCGGGAAGCUGCUAGAGCUUUGGCGUUUUUGGAAAAGAGGAAAGUAAAUCAGAAGCAUGGAGGAGGAGGAGGGGGAGGGGUCAAGGAGAGGAGAAAAGAAGAAGUGGUGAGCGAUGAUGCUGCGGCGAAGAUGUGA